UGAAAGUUUUUCCUGAAAGGACACGCAACGAAAAGUAGCAGCAAAAGCUCGGUUGAUAGGUAGCUGAGCCAAACGAAAGAAAACCCAAUCAUGGCUUUCAUGAAAAUGAAUUAUCGAAAGCAAUUCCUUAUCACAGCUACGAGUUCUAGAGGGACAACGCGUUUUCCAUUUGGAGUGUCAAGGAAUGAUAUAGAUAGAGCAAUAGAAAUAUGCAACAGCAGCCGUCCUGAGCGAGUGUGCUUUGAUGACUGGAUGGUGCUUAUUUUCAUCCUAUCGAAAGUAGGGAUCGUGGAUCUACAAAACAGGGAGGAUGACUGCCGCAACUUGGUGCAUCGCGAUCGCUGGUACUAUCGGACCGAUCACGAAGGACGUAUUAACUACCUGAGCCUAUUUGGCAAGGUGGGUUGUCCCUUUGACCUUCCACCAGAGAUUGGUUAUCUCGAAUGCCUAGAAUAUCUCCGCCUGAAACGCUGUCGAUCCAUUCCCGGCAGGGAACUUUCGAGUCUGCCGCAUUUGGAGGUUCUUUCGUUCGACAAAUGCAACUUUCAGUUUUUGCUCCACCAAGACGAUGUCGAACACAACACCAAAAACAGUUUUCUCUCUAGGAUAAAACUGAUAAAUUUGAAGACUCUUCGCAUCGAACGAAGCAAGAUUCCCGCGUCUUCGUCCAUUGUAUCUUUGCUAGCGGGGGAGCUUCCCGAGCUCCAAAAACUCUAUCUGUGUGACAUAGACUGUCACUCAAUGAAAAACGUUCUGGAAGCUCUUACCAAUCUCGAUGUGAGCUUUCAAGAUAGUCUUUCUCAUUUCGCAUUGAUAGAUUGCUGCCUCGAGCACCAUAAUUUGGAAACGAUUUUCAUGGACAUACUAGGCAAGUUUUUGAAAAUUGUUCACCUCGACAUAUGCAACAGCGAAGUUCAAAGCAUUCACUCCCUUGUGGAGGGACUAAAGCGUGAACGAAGAAAUGGUGCUAGCAAUCCUGAACAAUCGACCCUCCGCCACCUGGGUCUAACAUACACCUCCGCCAAGAAUGAAAUAUUUGUGAACGACGGGAGGGAAAAGGAUGCCAUUGUAUAUCUUCUACGGACAUUCAAAACGAUUUCUGAUGUCGCGCUGGGCGCUAUUCAAUUCGAUCAGGACAUAGAAUACGAGAUAUUAGCAAACAAAGCAGGACGGAGCCUUGUAGAAUGUGGAAACAAUCGGCCGUUGCUGCUGUCGGGGUGGCCCGCAGUUUUGGAACGGGUAACUCGAAACCGAAAAAUCAAUUAUAAUUCCAUUGAGAAGCCUGUACGCCCUGUCACUGGACUCUAUUAUCUCCUUCGCUUUGGACCAGUUCUAAUGAGCGCCGCGAACUGGUGAUACUUCCAAGGAACGAGCACAUCCUGAAGGCAAUAGAAGACCAAUAUAUAC